AUGACUUCACUCAUUGCCAUCUCGACACUUUUCACCGCAUCGCUGGUGACGCUGGAGUUGUCAUCAUGUAAACUACCGCGACAAGCUGGGAUCAUCUUGAGUCAGUCGCUUCAAGCUUGCACGUCGUUAAAGAAUCUCCUUCUAGCCGACAAUAACAUCCGCGACGGUGGCCUUCGUGCGAUUGCGGAUGCCUUGAAACUACUCAACGCAUCGAGUAAUAGUGCGGUGUCGACGGCUUUGGGUAAGGACGAAGCUCCGCAUAUACUGGAGCACUUGGACAUUUCUCGAAAUGGGAUUACGUCAUCAGGGUUUGCCUCCUUACAGCAACUUCCAUUGAGGUGUCUGAGUGCAAGAGGCAACAUGAUUGAAAGUGGUGCUGGCGCCUUGUUACUUAGCAAUGCGUCAACAUUGGAGACGCUUUGCUUGCUUGGGAAUCCGCUAUCAGAAGAUGGCAAGCUCGACUUGGUUCGCUCGCUCUUCCGACGUCGUGAUAGGACAGGCAAAAGCGCUUUACGUGAGCUAGAUCUGCGCGCUUGUGGCUUCAACACAGCCGACAGUCUGGACCUGCUCCAACGCAGCUUUCUUCAGGCCGCAACGGCGAGUCAACAGUGUUCAGUGUAG